CGGCGAGGCACUCCAAGCUUCCGAAAUCCUUCCAGUAAUGCACUAACAUGAAAUGAUUCGAACAUGUUCUUCCAAUCUGAUGCUACGCGUUUUGCCGGGCUUUUGUCAACGCGCUCUGGAAUAUGGCACGACUUGAAUGUAUUAUGCAUGGAGGGGACGCGGGCGAAGGGAAAGGGCAGUGACGAGGAGAACUUAUGGAAUCGGGAGGACAGCAAGCCUGGCCAAUGGCCGUUAUGUAGUCGAAAGUCUGGCCAACAUUGCUACAGCGAUGCUGGCAAGACAAUGGUACUUUAAAGACAAAAUGGCCACAGAGGUCCAGCGCGACAGCCCGUGCGUCCCAGAGGGAAAGAUGGGGAGCGAGGGGAUGUGGAGACCGAAGGAAGAGAAGGAGGAGGCGGAGGCGGAGGCGGAGGCGGAGGAGGAGGAGGAGGAGGAGGAUAAUGAGGAGGAGGAGGAGAAGGAGGAGGCGGAGGAGCAGAACGAGAGAAAAGGACGAUGAGAAGGAGGCGAAAUGCAAGUUGAACAGCCGUGCCCGAUUCUCCAGACGGGAGGGGUGAGACGCGGUCUGCGUUUCCUGCCCGUCACAAUGGGGCGUGCCGCGCUAGACCAGCAACACCUCCGUGGCAGGGGGGCGGAGGCAAGGGAGAAGGAAAGGGGGAGGGCCAGAUAACUGGGCGGGAAG